GUCUCUGUCUCUUAACAUUCAGAACAACCCACCAAUGAACCCCUUCACAGAAGCAGACAACGCCACUAUCAUCAACAUUGAUUCCUCCGAUAGAAAUCCAUCAUUUAUCGAAAACCACGCAAACGACGAAAAACACCAACUCAAUCUUCCCUUGCUCCUCCAACAAUCUUAUGCAACAUACCAACUCCGAAAACUUAGCAUAACUCUUAAAUGGUGUGCACUCGACCACUCUUCCAACGUUCGAAAACUCAUUUCCUACGUUGUCUUCACAUUCCUCACCAUUGUUGUCCCUCUCUUCACCUCCCUCUUCCUUCAUGUCCCUGCCUCUGCUUCCCAACUUGACCCCUUCAACUUCAACAAGCUCCUCCAAAUACCCGAAUCAUCCCUCGCCAUCAUCGCCUUCUUCACCCUCUCCCGUUUCUUCCCAAGCAGGUAUGGACUUCGGCAGCUUCUGUUCCUUGAUGCGUUGCAAGAUGACUCGAUGUAUGUUCGACGAGGAUACACGCGCGAGCUUCAGAAGGCGUUUAGAUACUUAGCGUGCAUGAUGUUACCUUCCUUUUGCGUGGAACUUGUUCACAAAAUUAUCUUUUUUUUGAAUGUGGAAAUUUCAGUGCCAUCAUGUGGGACCCCCCUGAAAUGGUUUGUGUUUGUCUCAGUGUUGGUUUCGUGGGUUUACAGAACGGGGUUGUUCUUGUUAGCGUGUGUGCUUUUUAGGUUGACAUGCGAGCUUCAGAUACUGAGGUUUGAAGGGCUUCACAAACUUUUCGAAGGGUGUGAGUCUGAUGCAAGCAUUAUAUUCGGCGAGCACGUGAGGAUUAGAAGGCAAUUGUGGAUCACAAGCCAUAGGUAUAGGUUCUUUAUAAUUAGUUGCUUGCUGACUAUCACUGUUAGUCAAUUGGGUUCUCUCUUGCUGGUUUUGGAAGCCAAAUCUGACACCACCUUCUUCAAUUCUGCUGAUCUCGUGAUUUGUUCUGCUGUGCAGUUAUGUGGAUUCUUCUUGUGUCUUAUGGGGGCGGCGAGAAUCACACACAGGGCUCAAGGGAUAGUGUCAAUCGGCACAAAGUGGCACAUGGUGGUGACCAAUGCUUCUGCUGAAUCAGAGCAGUGGAAAGCCCAAAUGCCAGAGGGGCCACCCAGUCCUACUGCCAUUGAUUCUGAUUCAUCAGACAUAAACGUAGCAGUAACUCCCCAACGACCUUCUUCUUUUCAAACAAGGCAUGCUUUAGUGACAUAUUUGCAGCACAACUAUGGAGGGAUAACACUAUUUGGAUUUGUGCUUGAUCGAGGGUUGCUCCAUACCCUCUUUGCCUUUGAGUUCUCUAUGGUGCUUUGGAUUCUGAGUAUGGUGGCUGUCUAGUCUAAACCAAGUAAGUGCAGAAAAUGCCUUGCGUGACCAGAAUCAUAGCUUGUGUUGUUCUUUUAAUUAUUAUAUUAACUUUUGUGUAUGUAGAAUUAGAGUUCACUAUUUUGA